AAACAUCUCCUUGGCACUUUGUUUCCUCUCACUUGCCUUAAGAGACAAGACUAUUUUGGAGGCAAGCAAAGAGAAAAAAAAAAACAAAAAAACAAACCCCCUCUUAGAACAAAAUAAAGCACCGAAUCCCAAGCGCUUUGAGAAUCUUGGCGUUGUUUUGUUCUCCAAGAUGCGUCAUGAGAAGCAGAAAACUGGUUCAGCCAAGAAGGUGAAUGGGUCUAUAAGGUCCAUUUUCAUGCAUGCGGACGGUGUAGAUAUGUGGUUGAUGACUCUUGGCUUCAUCGGAGCCAUUGGUGAUGGUUUUAGCACACCUCUUGUUUUGCUUGUUACAAGCAAGUUGAUGAACAAUCUUGGUGAUGCAUCAGCUUUCACUGCAGACAUGUUCACUCAUAACAUCCACAAGAAUUCGGUGGCUUUGUUGUAUUUGGCUUGUGGGUCAUGGCUUGCUUGUUUUCUAGAGGGAUUCUGCUGGUCAAGAACAGGUGAGAGGCAAGCAACAAGAAUGAGAGCCAGAUAUUUAAAAGCCAUCUUAAGACAAGAUGUGGGAUACUUUGAUUUGCAUGUUACAAGCACGGCUGAAGUUAUCACAAGUGUUUCAAAUGAUAGUCUAGUAAUCCAAGAUGUUCUUAGUGAAAAGGUGCCAAAUUUUCUGAUGAAUGUUGCAAUAUUUGUAGGGUGCUACAUGGUAGCAUUCAUAAUGCUAUGGAGACUAGCAAUUGUGGGAUUUCCUUUUGCUGUUCUUUUAGUGAUUCCCGGUCUUAUGUAUGGAAGGGGUUUGAUAGGAAUAGCUAGAAAGACCAGGGAGGAAUACAAUAAAGCUGGUACAAUAGCAGAACAGGCAAUCUCUUCUAUAAGAACCGUUUAUUCCUUUGUUGGUGAAAACAAGAUCAUUGCAGAAUUCUCUGCAGCUUUACAAGGUUCUUUGAAGUUGGGGUUGAGGCAGGGUUUGGCUAAAGGUCUGGCAAUUGGAAGCAAUGGGGUGGUUUUUGCUACUUGGUCUUUCAUGUCUUACUAUGGCAGCAGGAUGGUCAUGUAUCAUGGUGCUCCAGGAGGGACAGUUUUCAUUGUUGGUGCGGCCAUUGCCAUGGGAGGCCUGUCAUUGGGGGCUAGCUUGUCCAACCUGAAGUAUUUCUCUGAAGCAUGUUCAGCUGGAGAACGUAUAAUAGAAGUGAUAAAAAGAGUCCCCAAGAUUGAUUCAUACAAUUUGGAGGGUGAAAUCUUGGACAAAGUUUCAGGAGCAGUCGAAUUCAGGCAUGUUGAAUUUGCUUAUCCAUCAAGGCCUGAAAGCAUGAUUUUCACAGAUUUUUGCCUCGACAUUCCAGCUGGAAAGACUGUGGCAUUGGUGGGAGGUAGUGGCUCGGGGAAAUCCACGGUAAUAGCACUACUGCAAAGGUUUUAUGACCCACUAGGGGGAGAGAUACUCCUUGAUGGGAUUGCAAUAGAUAAGUUGCAGCUCAAUUGGUUAAGGUCACAGAUGGGUCUGGUGAGUCAGGAGCCAGCACUUUUUGCUACUACCAUAAAGGAGAACAUACUUUUUGGCAAGGAAGAUGCUAGCAUGGAAGAAGUUGUUGAAGCUGCCAAAGCCUCAAAUGCCCACAAUUUUAUAUGCCAAUUACCACAGGGUUAUGAUACUCAGGUUGGUGAAAGAGGGGUCCAAAUGUCAGGUGGACAAAAGCAAAGAAUUGCUAUAGCAAGAGCAAUAAUAAAAGCACCCCAAAUCCUUCUCCUAGAUGAGGCAACAAGUGCACUAGACGCAGAAUCUGAACGAGUUGUACAAGAAGCAAUAGACCAGGCUGCCAUUGGCCGUACCUCCAUAAUAAUUGCCCACCGCCUCUCCACCAUUCGUAAUGCUGACCUUAUAGCGGUUGUCCAAAAUGGCCAAGUUUUGGAAACUGGAUCACAUGAUGCGUUGAUCGAAAAUGAAAAUGGUCACUAUACUUCAUUGGUCCAUCUUCAGCAAACAGAGAAAGAAAGGUUCCCCGAAGAAGUUAACUCAAAUUCAUCUACUUAUGCUUCAUCUUUAAUAUCAAAUGUGGACAUUAACAGCACAAGUAGUCGUAGACUUUCAUUGGUUAGUCGGUCUAGUUCUGCCAAUUCAUUUAUUCAAAACCGUGUUUCACUAGCUAGAGAAUCUGCAGUGGAAAACCAAAAAUUGCCAAUGCCAUCUUUCAGAAGGUUGUUGGCAUUAAACUUACCAGAAUGGAGACAAGCGAUAUUGGGGUGUUUAAGUGCAAUCCUAUUUGGUGCAGUUCAACCUGUUUAUGCAUUCUCACUAGGAUCUAUGGUAUCAGUGUAUUUUUUGACUGAUCAUGAUGAGAUUAAGGAGAAGACUAAGAUUUAUGCCUUAUGCUUUCUCGGGUUGUCGGUGUUUUCGUUGCUGAUAAAUGUUGGUCAACAUUAUAAUUUUGCAUACAUGGGAGAGUACUUGACAAAGAGGAUCAGAGAGAGGAUGCUUUCAAAGAUACUCACAUUUGAGGUUGGCUGGUAUGAUCAAGAUGAGAAUUCAAGUGGUGCUAUCUGCUCUAGACUUGCUAAGGAUGCCAAUGUGGUGAGAUCUUUGGUGGGUGACAGGAUGGCCCUAAUCGUGCAAACCAUUUCAGCAGUAACUAUAGCUUGCACCAUGGGCCUGGUCAUAGCUUGGAGGCUUGCGCUUGUCAUGAUAGCAGUCCAACCCAUUAUCAUCGUUUGUUUCUACACCAGACGUGUCUUACUUAAAAGCAUGUCCCAAAAGGCUAUCAAAGCCCAAGAUGAAAGUAGCAAGCUGGCUGCUGAGGCAGUUUCCAACCUCCGAACCAUCACUGCCUUCUCAUCCCAACAUAGAAUCUUGAAAAUGCUCGACAAGGCCCAAGAAGGCCCAAGAAGAGAGAGCAUUCGUCAAUCAUGGUUUGCCGGUAUUGGACUUGGCACAUCUCAGAGCCUGACAACAUGCACUUGGGCCUUAGACUUUUGGUAUGGUGGCAAACUUAUCUCUCAUGGCUACAUCACUGCAAAGGCUUUGUUUGAGACCUUCAUGAUCUUAGUAAGCACAGGUCGUGUAAUAGCCGACGCGGGAAGCAUGACAACUGACCUUGCCAAGGGCUCAGAUGCAGUUGGAUCAGUCUUCACUGUAUUGGAUCGAUACACAAAUAUUGAGCCUGAAGACCCUGAAAGUUACAAGCCCGAAAAGAUAAUAGGCCAUGUGGAACUUCGUGACAUAGACUUUGCAUACCCGGCUCGGCCCGAUGUUGUGAUCUUUAGAGGCUUCUCACUCAAUAUUGAAGCAAGUAAGUCAACUGCAUUAGUUGGACAAAGUGGGUCUGGUAAAUCAACAAUCAUUGGAUUAAUUGAGAGAUUUUAUGACCCUCUCGAAGGUAUAGUGAAAGUUGAUGGUAGAGAUAUACGAUCAUAUCACCUUAAGUCACUAAGGAAACACAUUGCACUUGUGAGCCAAGAGCCCACAUUAUUUGGUGGCACCAUCAGAGAAAACAUUGCAUAUGGAGCGUCUGAUAAGAUGGAUGAAUCAGAAAUUGUGGAGGCUGCUAAAGCAGCCAAUGCCCAUGACUUCAUUUCAGGGUUAAAAGAUGGGUAUGAGACAUGGUGUGGAGAUAAGGGAGUGCAGCUAUCUGGGGGCCAAAAACAACGCAUUGCAAUUGCUAGGGCCAUAUUGAAAAAUCCAGCAAUUUUGCUUUUAGAUGAGGCUACCAAUGCACUUGAUAGCCAAUCAGAGAAAGCUGUGCAAGAUGCACUCGAGAGAGUGAUGGUGGGUAGGACUAGUGUGGUUGUGGCUCAUAGGUUAAGCACCAUUCAAAACUGUGACCAAAUUGCUGUGUUGGAUAGAGGCAAGGUGGUGGAGAAAGGGACCCAUCAAUCUUUGUUGGCCAAGGGACCCAUAGGUGCUUACUUCUCAUUGGUUAGCCUCCAAAGGAGACCUUACAACUCAACUCACACAAUCAACUAAACUACUUACCUUUAGAUCUUAGAUUAGGCUUUUUUCUAGAUGCCAUCUAAAUUUGAUGGUGAAAGGCCUAAACUUAUUUACAAUACUCUUUUCCAAGUUUUCCUUUUACUUCCCUUUUGUCCAUCCACUUUCAGUAAAGAUGUUGAAAGGGAUAUGGUAACCUUUCUAUAAUAUGAGCUUUUCAUUUUUCCAACAAUAAUAAUAAAUGCUUACUUUUAUGUG